AUGAAGAUGUGUCAUCUGCUUUGCAGCUUCCUGCUGGCCCUGAUGAUGCUGAGCAGCAUCCCGGCUCUUGUGAAUGGAUGUGAAUUUGAGUCUGUUUGUGGGGCCCAGGCUCCUGGGGACAUUAUGAUUGGUAUAAUGUUGCCGUGUCAUCGCAAAGUGAAGGAUGUUAAUGACCGAAUUAGUCCUGAGAACUACCAAUGCACAAAUUUUGAUCUGAGGCCAUUUAUGAAAUCCUUGGCUAUAAUCCAUGUGAUUGAGGAGAUAAAUGCAGGAGGCUUCCUCCCAGGAGUGCGUCUUGGAUAUAUGGUGUGUGACACGUGCUCAUAUGCAAGCAAAGCGUUGCAGAAUGUGGGGCACAUGCUCGCAGUCAACACCUCUCUAAAUAUGCAGUGCAACUACACCAACUUCAGGCCCAGAGUCAAGGUUAUUUUAGGAGCACUAUACUCUGAGGUGUCUGUCGCUGUGGCCAGACUGCUGAAUGUGUACAUGGUCCCUCUACUGAGCGGCUCAUCAUCUUCACCAGAACUUAGUGAUAAGCUGCGUUUCCCAGUUUUUAUGCGUACUAUUCCCAGUGACACGCAUCAAACCAAAGCAGUGGCCAAAAUGAUGGCUCACUAUGGCUGGGACUGGGUCGGGGUUGUGUAUGCAGAUGACGCAUAUGGCAAAGCGGCUUUCCAGAGCUUUCUCAAGGAUGCUGAGAAAAAUAAUGUAUGCUUGGCCUAUCAGGAGGUGAUGCCUCAUCACACCGAUCAUGAGCACAGCAUGAAACGCAUCAAGCAGAUCACCCAGCAAAUCUGCUCCUCUAAAGCCCAGGUGGUACUGCUCAUCCUCAAGGCAGAGGUGGUGGAGCUCCUCUUUAAGGAAAUGAUGCGGACCAACACAUCAAGGAUCUGGAUUUCAAGUGACGCCUGGACCAGGAGCAGGUCCCUUGCACAUAUGGAUGGCAUCAAUGACAUUGGGGACAUUUUGGGCUUUAGCUUUGUUGCAGUAAGGAGUGAAUCAUUUGAUAAUUAUCUCAAGAAUCUUUCAGCAACCCCAGGAGGAUACAACCACUUCAUUGAUGAAUACAAAAACCUGAGAUUUAACUGCUCCUAUGAAUGUUUUUCAACCAGUCCUCCAUCUUAUUGUCCCACACCUGAUCUCAUGAAAAUGAAAUCUGGCAAUGCAUGCAAUUUCACGGAUCCCCAAAGGCAAAAUGAUGACUUUCUCACAAAGACUCUGGAAACAAGUGAAUCCUUCACUGAAAGAGUAGGGGUGUGGGCCAUAGCUAAUGCUCUCAAAAAGCUACUGAGGUGCAACAGUUCCUCAUGCUCGGGAGAAAUUAACUUCCCGCCAUGGAAGCUUCUUAAAGAACUGAGGACGGUUAAGUUCAAGUUUGACCACCAGACUUAUUUCUUUGACAAACAUGGUGAUUUUGUCAAUGGUUAUGAUCUGAUAAUGUGGGAAAAGGAUGGACACCACAGAAGAUUUCAAAAGAUUGGGAGAUACCAUGCUCUUGAUGAAAAAAUAGAGCUUGAUAUGAAGAAUUUCAGCUGGCUCUCAACAGCCAAUACCACAACCCCUCAGUCCAGAUGCUCAGAGAGCUGCGCCCCUGGCUCAGUCAAGAAGAUCUUGAAUGUGUCUUGCUGUUACAGUUGCAUCCCAUGUGUGGAGGGAACCUAUUCAGAUGUCACAGAUCUUGAUGACUGCAAAAAAUGUGCCAAUGGAACUUGGUCGACCAAGGGUUCAAGUCAGUGUCGGCCAAGAUCUGAGUCCUUCCUGCAGUGGAGUGAUCCUCACCCCAUUGCCAUAAUGACAGCCGCAGCCUUUGGCAUUUUGCUCUUGCUAGUUAGCCUCAUUAUCUUUUUGGUGUACAGAGAUUCUGCGCCUAUGAAAAGAGCUGAGGUAAGAUUGUCCUGUGUGAUGAUGUCUGGUCUGGCAGUGAGCUUCUCAAGCGUGAUAUGCUUCAUGGGCAAGCCCAGUGUACACCUGUGCCGGGCCCGCCAGGUCAUGUAUGCCCUGGGCUUCACACUGUGUGUGUCCUGCAUCCUAGUCAAGGCCUUUCGUACCUUCCUGGCUUUCCUUCCCUUUGGUCAGAUGACACACAGACGACUACACAAACUUUACAAACCACCUGUAAUUGUAAUCGUCAUAACUGCUCUCCAGGGAAUAAUCUGUCUUUUCUGGCUGGUCUUUGAUUCUCCUGAUAUCGAUGACAAAGCUCCAUCCCCACAAAGCAUGAAGAAAGUAAUCCAGUGUAGUGAAGGUACCACGUACAUUGGUUUUGGCAUCAUGUUAAGCUACAUAGCUCUGCUAGCUUUGAUCAGCUUCCUCUUGGCCUUUAAAGGCAGGAAGGUUCCUCAGGAGUUCAGUGAAACAGGCUACAUCAUUUUUAGCAUGCUAAUGUACUUGUUUGUAUGGGUAUGUUUCAUCCCAGUCUAUAUUACCAAUGAAGAAGAGACCACUGCUGUGCAGGCUUCAGUCAUUCUAGUAUCCAGCUAUGGCAUCAUCUUCUGCCAUUUCUUACCCAAGUGCUAUGAAGCACUUUGGGGGUCAAGUACCGACACACUUGAGAGGAUUCUGAGGAGGUGGCGAGCCAUCUCCAGGCCAAAUCCUGAUCCAGACCCAGAGACAAACACGAAUAUCCCCAGAAUAAAUACAAUCUCUCAAAACAAUGGCAGGUUAUCAAGUACGUCCAGUACAUCAACUAUAUUGAGCUUAGAGACACAGGGUGAGGUCAGCCCUGCUGAUUCUCAGUUUGUCAUAAUGCCUAUGUCCAAUGAAAAGAGACAUGCCUAUUCACUGUUUGCAAGGCAAGGAACAAAAGUGAUGAGGAGACGUAGGAGUAUAUCCUUCUAA